UUUUCAUUGCGGAACUUCAGUUUCUACGAAGAUAGCUAAACACGAACAUACUCUCUUUGAAAAUCAAAUCAAUCUCUCGUUAAUUAUAAACUGUAACACUUUCAAGUUUGUUUCAAUUAUAAUUUGUGAAUAAGAAGAGAUCAAUAUUUUUUGAUUUUUUGCUGUCAUUUAUUUAGGAAGCAAAAUAAAUAGAUCACAAUGGCGCAGUUUGUAAUGACAGUAUACGAUGAAUACCGCUCUCUAAUAGACAAUAACAGUGACCCUAGAGUCAAGAAUUGGUUCAUGAUGAGUAGUCCAUUCCCUACCUUAUUUAUUUGUUUAUUUUAUGCUUAUUUCGUCAAAGUUUUAGGUCCUAAACUCAUGGAAAAUCGCAAACCUUUCGAUCUUAAAAAAAUUUUGUUAUUUUAUAAUUUCUUUCAAGUGGUAUUCUCCUCGUGGCUGUUUUAUGAGUCCUGGGUAUCAGGAUGGGGAGGUCGAUAUUCCUUCCGUUGUCAACCGGUAGAUUAUUCAAAUAAUCCAAUAGCACUUCGAAUGGUACGAGGUUGUUGGUGGUAUUAUUUCUCAAAAUUUAUUGAAUUUUUGGAUACGAUAUUUUUCGUGAUGAGAAAGAAAAACAAUCAGAUCACGACUUUACACGUAAUCCAUCAUGGAUGCAUGCCGAUAUCUGUUUGGUUUGGCGUUAAGUUCAGUCCUGGUGGCCACAGCUCCUUCUUCGGCUUCCUCAACACAUUCGUGCACAUCUGGAUGUACUCCUAUUACUUCUUGAGCGCUCUCGGACCAAAAGUGCAACGCUUCCUCUGGUGGAAGAAAUAUUUAACCACCUUGCAAAUGGUUCAAUUCAUCCUUGUGAUAUUGCACGCGUUCCAGCUUCUUUUCAUCGAAUGUGAUUAUCCGAAAAUAUUCGUCUGGUGGAUCGGCAUGCACGCAAUCAUGUUCUACUUUUUGUUCCGUAAUUUCUACAACCAAACGUACGAGAAGAAGAAAUCUUCCACUAUGGCAUUAAAGAAGGAAAUCAGAGAAUCAGAGAAAGAGAAGAAAAAUCAGAAUAGUAGUGUGAAUGAGACGAUAUACGCCAAUGAGUGCAAAAUGGCAACCGGAUACAUCUCAGACAGUGGACUUAGGAACCGUGUGUUUAUCGACAAUCGCGGUUUCCAAAAAUAAAAAAAAUUGCAAAAGUAAUUAUCUAUGCAUACAAAUGCAUACAAUUCGUAUCCAUGAUGAUAUGAUAAUCGGUCUAAGCAAUAUAAAUUUUAAAAGAGUAAGUUCUAAUUCUAAAUUCUAAAUCUAGGAUUGUAAGAAGUUGAAAUUAAAGAACUGCCAAAUUUCAUCCUUUAAGAUUAAAAGAUUUGAGACUUAGUCAAUGAAAAAAGCUCGAGGCUGUCAUGAUUGCCAUGUGAUUAAAAGAUUAUUUUGAUGACAAAGAAAUUAAUUGCUCAAACAGUUUCAAGUCCUCAUGAGUAAUCUUGAAAUUAAAAAUUAAAAAUUGUAAUUGUUUGAUGACACGGAUCAAAUGAAGACAAGAGCUCAAAUAAUUUCAAAUUGUCAUGAGUAAUUUUGAAAUUGCAAUUGUUUGAUGACAAAUAAGAUUAGUUGAUAAGAACUGAAAUAAUUUCUAAUCGAUUAUAACUAAUAUCUAGAUUUAAAGAUCUGCUUCUUCUCUCAGAAUUUGAAUUUUUACAAUAUUGUAAUCGUUUUCUUUUUUUUUUUUUUUAAGAUUUAUAAUUAAGACAUAAAAUCUAUUAUAGACCGAUUGUGAUCAAAUUUAUCGCAAUUUGAUACGAUGUCAAGGAUAUCACAUGAAUAGGACACGUUCCUUCUUUUUUGAGUUUUUCGGCUAUUUGAUUAUUACAUGAAAUACAUUCGUUUAAACAUUCGUUUUUGAAGUUUUUCGCGUGUGCUUCUAGAUGUAUGUCUUUAUAUGAGCAAGACUGUAUCAGUGAAUGUAUGAGAAUUAGAGUAAGGAAGAUAUGAGGAGGAGACGUGGCGGCAAUACACCGCUACAAACUUAAGUAUCAUUUAAUUAAUAUUACGAGAAUUGCCAAAAAAAUUUGUUUCUCCUUUUAAGUUCUUCUAUUAUGAAUCUUGUAAAUUAUGUCGAUCGCGAUGAAGUUUAAAAAUUACCUGCAACGAAACGAGUCAAAGAAAUCAAACUCAUUAACUUUUCUUCAAUUAUUUAUUAGAAAAUUUAUUAAUUAAAAAUCAAUAACAUCUUAUGUUAUAUUUUGGAAAUUUAAUUUUCUUAAUUUAAGAAUUUUUAAGAAAAUAGAGUUGAUUAAUUUGGUUCCUAAAUAACUCAAAUUACGUUACAAGCAAUUUUACUUCAAAUAUUAUGUCAAAUAUUAUGUCAAACAAUUAUAUUAUAUAUUAUAUUGAAUGGUAUAUUAAAAUUUUCCAUAUUUUCUAUCAUUUAGAAAAUUCUGAAAAAAUUUUAAUAUACUUUCGAAUAUAUAUACCCAAAAGAAAAUUAUAAAAAUUUAUGAAAUAUUUAUGAUGACGAAUCUUGGUAUGGCAUGCUAUUGAAAAGUUAAUCAUAUAUAUGAUGUAAAAUCAAUCUCAGAAAGAAUAAGUAAUUAGUAGCAAUUCGAAUACAAGAUAUUUGUGUAUUUUAAACGAAUUUUAUAUAAUAUAUAAUUUUUUAUAAUAAUAUUUCCUUUUUAAGAGAAGAUUAUCAUAAAGAAGAAACCACUAGUCGGCUUAAAAAGUCACUUUCAAAUAUUAAUGUUAAAUUUGUAUUUUAUUGUAGUGAUAAUUAUCUUUUUUUUUUUUUGUCAAGAUAAUUUUAUGUCCCGCAGUUAAUAACACAAGUUAGUUAAUUUUUACACGAUAUUUUUUCUUUGUUGAUAAUUUUCUGUGAUAAUUUUUGGUCAAUGCGCAGGUUUAUCUGUACAAUCGAUUUAGUAUACACUUAGAGGCAUAAAUGGGCGAGUGUUUAAUUUUAUUUUUUUUUAAUUUUAAAUGUCUAGAAAGAAAUUUUUCGAUCAAAAGAAACAUUAAUCUAAUUUAUGGUGUGAACUACACGCAAUAUACUAAAUAUAUUAUAAGUUUAUAUAAUACGAAUAACAAAUUGUAAAUGGAAGAUCUAUUUAUUUUAUAAAAUAAAAAUUAUACAAUUUUUAAUUAA